AUGAAAGCACAACAUAAAAGAGAAAGUAUAAGGGCUAGGGCGUACCCCUCAAGCGACGACCAGAUACGAUCCCAAGCGAAAAAUGCUAAGGCGUCCCCUGUAAGCGACGAAAAAAGACGCAGCGCAAAUAAUUUGCGUAUAGCUACAUGGAACAUCGGUUCCCUGACUGGACGUAGCCAAGAACUAUCAAACAUAUUGCAUGCACGAAAUAUUAAUAUCUGCUGUAUACAAGAACUUAAAUGGAAAGGGUCAAAAUCCAGGGAUAUUGGUAGAAACUAUCAACUACUGUAUAACGGCACAUCAACGACAAGGAACGGAAUCGGCAUCAUACUCGACGAAAUACUGCAACAACGAAUAAUCAAGGUAGAAAGAAUAAGCGAUAGAAUCAUGUACGUUAAAUUAGCUCUGGACAACUUAUUAACGCUAAACAUAAUCUCAGUAUAUGCCCCUCAAGUUGGAUGUAGUAAUGAAGAAAAAGAUCUGUUCUGGGGAAACUUAGAAGACCUUUUCGUAACCAUACCUUCAGACGAGAAAAAAAUUAUAGCAGGGGAUUUGAAUGGCCAUAUAGGUAUGAAAGCACCUGAAAACUCAAACAUACAUGGAAAUUUUGGAUAUGGCAUCUCUAAUAGCCAAGGUCAGGAUAUAAUAGAUUUAGCGACCCAAUUUGAUCUCCCGAUCGUUAACACUUACUUCCAAAAAAAAGAUGAACACCUCAUAACCUACAAAAGUGGUGGAUCGACCUCACAAAUAGACUUUUUUCUCUGUGACAGAUCUAUUCUUCGCAAUUUCAAGGACUGCAAAGUUAUACCAGGGAUCCCACUAACAACCCAACACAGACUACUUGUAACCUGUUUGAAAAUGCCAAACUGGAAUGUAAAAGAGAAAUAUCAACAACAUGAACCCCGCAUAAAAUGGUAUAACAUACACAACGCUGAGGGCACUAUAUUUACUGCACAGGUUGAUACAUACUUGAAAGAGACACUUCUACACACAAAAGAUAGCAACACUCUAUGGAACGAAUUUCACAUGUUCUGCCUAAAAACCGCCAGAACAACCCUAGGUAUUACGAGAGGAAAAUUGAGGAUUAAUAAAGAUCCUACCUGGUGGGAUGAAAAUGUUAAAUUGAUGUUGUUGGAAAAGAAAGAAUCUUUCAAGAAAUGGCAACAAUCAAAAAAUGACAGCGAUCGACUGGACUACAAUAUAAUAAAAAAGAGAGCUAAAAAAUGUGUUGCAGUAACAAGAGCAUUAUCCAAAGAUCACUUUUACAAAGAAUUAGAAAACGCAAAAUCCGAGACGGAAAUAUUUAAUUAG